UCCCACUCUCCCCCUCCCCCAGGGCCCCCUCCCAACCCCCACCAUCGCCGCCGCGCGCCAUUUUUGCCGGGGCUAGCCUCCGGCCGGCGAGUGAAAUGUUCGUAUAAAUGUCUUUGUGUUUUCAAUAUGUGGAUAUUUAUCUGCAUUUUAAGGACACUAUCGUGUUCAUGAGAGAUUUUCCUACGAAUUGCAAUGUAGAUUUCAGCUUUCAAUUAACCAACUUUCGAAUAAAGCGAGCAAAAGUAAAACAUGUUAUAAACAUUUUUUUUACAUCGUCACAGUUCAACUCAUCGUAAAAUCAUUUUCUAUUUUGUUUUGUCAAGUUUUUACACUACAUCUUGAUUCUACAGUUACUGCUGAGUCUGAUGGUGUCAACCGAAACUGACUAUCUCGUAUAUGAAGUUAGCUAUGGCAUGUAAUAUAGAAACAUGUCUCAUUCAAUCAUUCAAGAUGUAGCCUGCCAUCAGUGUGCAGCCAAUCAGCUGCGACCAUGGCCUUAGCGCCAGCAAUGCCGUACGAAAGUUUGGGCCGGCUGGUGAGGCACGUAUUGCUAGAGAAACCUUACGUAUCAAAAUCCCUCCAAUAAAGUUCCUUUAUACUGCCAGUUAAAGAAACUUUAAUGUAUAUGAUGAUAAUUUUUGGGUAACAAUAUUGUAUACUAAUGUUUUGUGUUAGAAUUAACCACGAUUAUCAACAACUGCCUCUGCAAACGUGUGAUAUUUAUUGAAUGAGACGGUGAUGGCAAUGACAUGGUUGAUGAGCUACAGUGACGGUGCGGGACGUGUAUUUGGUAACCCCGUUACUGUAAAUUCCUUUGAUUUUUAUCAAAGUAUUGGGCUUCGAUUCGUCACGAAAAAUCUGUAAUGAAUUACAUUUGUACUUGUUUAUAUUUUUCACCAAAGUAGCACUGGAAUUAGCAACGUAGACUAUGUGGUAAUGCUUUAUAGUAAGGGAAAACUUCGUCGCAGACACGUCGGGACUUUGUUAGGAACACGUCACGUCGGUCAAAAAACCUUAGUCUUCGCUUAGCUGCCCUACGGUCUGCACCUCACACCGUGUACUACACUGUAACUACAGUGUGAAGUUGCCUACAAAGCCUACACCGACACAGCUACAAUGGGAAAAUGGAAGAUUGAAUACAAUUAUGGAAGGAAUUAUAAGGAGGAGUGUGAGAAAGAAUUUAGUUGGCUGACGAAUAGAAGUGGAUCUUGCUACUGCAAAGUGUGCAAGUGUGCAAUUACCACCAAGAAGAAGAGCAACUUGAGCUUGCAUGAAAAGACAGAAAAACACAAGAAAGCCUCUGAGGCUGUAGUGAAGUCUGAUACCCAGUUCAUGAAAAACUUUUUCACACCUUCAGAUAAACGUGAUCCAGUGAAAAUUUUUGAAAUAAAAUAUGCUGUAGGAGUUGCUUGCCACAGCAGCAUCAGUUCAGUUGACCACUUAACUGAAAUAAUUAGUAAAUCUAGUAAAGGACACGAUUUGGGAAAAGUAAAGUUGCAUAGAACAAAGUGCACUGCUAUUCUGAAAAACAUUGUAAGUGUUUCUCUCCUGGAAGAGCUGAUCAGUGAACUGAAAACUACUAAGUAUUCUUUGCUAAUUGAUGAAUCAACUGAUGUUGCUGGCACUAAGCACCUCUGCUUGUGUGUUCGGUAUUUUAGUGAAAGACAAUCAUGUAUCAGAACAGUGUUUCUGGCACUGAUUCCUGUAACUGUAACAACAGGAGAGGCAUUAUAUGAGGCUAUAAUAAACUACCUGGAAGGUAUUAACAUUGACAUCUGCAACUGCAUUGGUUUUUCUAGUGAUGGUGCCAAUAAUGUCUGUGGGGUAAAUAAUUCAGUGCUGUCUAGACUUCGUGAGAAAGUUCCCAAGAUCAUAUUUGUGAAAUGCACAUGCCACAGCCUUGCAUUAUGCUGUGAGCAUGCCUUCAAGAAGCUGCCUGCAAAUUUAGAUUACUUGCUUUCAGAGACUGCACGUUGGUUCAAGCUUAGCUCUUUGAGGAAGGAACAAUUUAAAGACAUUUUUAAUGUAAUGAACAAUGACAACAUCCAACCUUCUAGAUUCAUCACACCAAGCAAUACACGGUGGCUAGUCAAAGGGAAGUGCAUUUAUAAUGUCCUCACACAGUGGUAUGAACUGAAAGCUUACUUCUCAGUACUUGCAGAAAAAGAAAAUAAUUAUCAUGCUCGCAUAAUUCAUGAAAUGAUAUGUGAUGAAAGGAAUUUCUUGUAUUUGACAUUUGCUCUACCUGUCAUUCAAGAUUUUGAAUCAGUUAAUGCUGCUUUUCAGGCUACUGAUCCACAGCCUUCAAAAGUGUUUGGUGAGCUGAUGCAACUACAUCGCUCACUUGCUCAAAGACUGUAUGAAGAUGAGUCAAUGAAGACUCCAGUCUCCAUGAAUAGAGUAAAGUAUGGAGAUAAAUUUCAUUAUGAGCUUUCAAAGUCAAGGUUAUCUGAAAAAGAGAAACACAGCAUCAAACAAAGGUGUUAUGAUUUUCUGCAUGAAGCCAAAAAUCAGUUAGAUAAAAGAAUAAGUAAGGAUGUUGACACCAUUGGAAACUUAAAGGAAUUUCACCCAAAGAAGUGCCUGAGUCAGCUGCGCAAGUCUUUCCCAAGUAUUUCAAGAACAUUUGCUCACCUUACUUAUGAGACUGCUGAUGCAAGUAGGAAAACUACCUUGUUACAACUUCAGUAUGAUAAACUUCCCUCUGUGGACUGGAAGCAAGAGUUUGCAGGUGAUGCAAUACCAACUGAUUCAGUCACAUUUUGGGCUUCUGUGCAAAAAUAUGAAAAUGCUGCAGGGGUAAAGUGUUUUGCAGAACUUUCCCAAAUGGUGCUGAAUGCUCAUGCACUGCCAUUAAGCAAUGCUUAUGUGGAAAGAAUAUUUUCAUAUAUAACAAGUAACAAGUCAAAAGUAAGAAAUAGGCUCUGUUUGGGAACAAUGGAAGCUGUGUUGCGCAUAAGAAGUCAUCUUGCUGGUGUGGAAAAUUGCUGCAAGGACUUCCAAGUAACAGACAGAAUGCUCAGUUUGUUUAAUAACUCAAUGUAUACACGCCAAUCUGAUGGGCGACCCACAGAACCAUCAACAUCAGUUGGAAGUACAGGUGAACAUGAUCUUGAGGAAGAAUGCCAAGAUAUGGAGGAAGCAAUGAAAGUCGCAUUUUAACUGUAGAACUGCUGCUGUUCAUCAAAAAAUCUUCGAAGAGAACAAGUUGGUUGGUCGCAUGAAGCAAUAUUGCUGCUGAUGGAAACUUACAGGCUCCACCAGCGAGGCUUCUCAGACAGCUCCAAAAGAAAAUAUCAAGUUUGGUGGGAUAUCUCUAAAGAGCUACAGGCGAAAGGCUAUGCUGUGGAUGGGGCAGCAUGUGACCAGAAAAUGCGGGGAUUGAAGAGAAGUGGGCUUCGUGGUGCAGUGGUUAGCACACUCGGCUCACAACCGAGAGAGCCCAGGUUUGAUUCCCGGGCGGAGUGGAAAAAAUGGGCGGCUUUUCCGAUACCCUACGCCCCUGUCCACCCAGCAGUGAAUGGGUACCAGCUAUUAAUCGGGGGUUGUGUCCCGUCUCCUGGGAUCUAUUGCCUUAUCCUAUAAUUUCUUCCCCUUCUGUCUCUCUCCGGCAUAAUUAUGACCACAGAUGUUGUGUCCACUAAACCAAACUUUCCAACUGUUCCCUUCUCCUAUAAUUCCUUUCCCUUCUGUCUCUCUCCAGCAUAUGACCACAGAUGUUGCGCCCACUAAACAAAACUUUUCAACUUUUUCCCUUCUCCUAUAAUUCCUUCCCCUCCUGUCUCUCUCCGGCAUAUGACCACAGAUGUUGCGUCCACUAAACCAAACUUUCCAACUGUUCCCUUCUCCUAUAAUUCCUUCCCCUUCUGUCUCUCUCCGGCAUAUGACCACAGAUGUUGCCCCGACUAAACCAAACUUUCCAACUUUUUCCCUUCUCCUAUAAUUCCUUCCCCUUCUGUCUCUCUCCGGCAUAUGACCACAGAUGUUGCGUCCACUAAACCAAACUUUCCAACUUUUUCCUUCUCCUAUAAUUCCUUCCCCUUCUGUCUCUCUCCGGCAUAUGACCACAGAUGUUGCGCCCACUUAACAAAACUUUCCAACUUUUUCCUUCUCCUAUAAUUCCUUCCCCUUCUGUCUCUCUCCGGCAUAAUAUGACCACAGAUAUUGCGCCACUAAACCAAACUUUCCAACUUUUUCCUUCUCCUAUAAUUCCUUCCCCUUCUGUCUCUCUCUGGCAUAUGACCACAGAUGUUGCCCCGACUAAACAAAACUUUCCAACUUUUCUUUGCUUCCAGGUACAAGAUUAUCAAGUACAAGGCCAGCCAGGGUGGGUUGAGGGGUGCUCCGAGGAUGUGGCCAUAUUUCAGUGCCAUGGAUGACAUACUGGCAGGGGGUCCGGCCGUAGCACCUGAGGCUGUGGAGAAGUGUUUCCCUGUUGGAAUUGAGGCCCACCAGUCAUCUCCAGCCGGUGUCUCCGAGGCGGUAGUGUGUUCGCCCCCUAGCCCUGCGGCGUCUCCCAGCAUCAGUCACACGCCCGUUCAUUCCCCAUCACCAUCAAGUCCCUCCAUGACCCGUCCCCGGUCCAAGAGAAGAAGAGCUGCGGAGGCGUCACCUUACACAGAAACCUUCACCCAGCAGCAAGGGAAGCUAUUGGAGAUGCUAAUAUCGUCACAAAAUGAUCACACCGCUGCUUUUACCGAGUUCAUGAGUCAGCCCAGGUCCAUGGAGGGAGAGAAGCAAGAACUCCGGAGAGAAAGAGAGAAGGUUCCAGUGAAGGCAGAAAUGGAAAUACUCAGGAGACAAAAAGACGAGAUUCAUCAACACUUGCUGCAGGAGAAGGAAGAACACCUCAGAGAACUCGUGGCACUGCAGGAACAACAUACGGCUGACAUUAAGGACCUUCAGGAUCAGCAUAUAAAUGAAAUUAGAGAAAUACAGCAACAGCAUCUGAAGCAAGUUAUGGAGAUCUUGUUGCACAGGUGCUGACAAGGACACACCACCAUUGCCUUCCCUCUCUCUUGUUUUGUUUUGCGCUGGUAGGCUUCUUCCCAGUAGAUCCUGAUGGUCGGCCCAAGGCUUCUUCCCAGUGGAUCCUGAUGGUCGGCCCAAGGCUUCUUCCCAGUGGAUCCUGAUGGUCAGCCCAAGGCUUCUUCCCGGUGGAUCCUGAUGGUCGGCCCAAGGCUUCUUCCCCGUGGAUCCUGAUGGUCAGCCCAAGGCUUCUUCCCGGUGGAUCCUGAUGGUCGGCCCAAGGCUUCAUCCCAGUGGAUCCUGAUGGUCGGCCCAAGGCUUCUUCCCGGUGGAUCCUGAUGGUCGGCCCAAGGCUUCUUCCCAGUGGAUCCUGAUGGUCGGCCCAAGGCUUCUUCCCAGUGGAUCCUGAUGGUCGGCCUAAGGCUUCUUUCCGGUGGAUCCUGAUGGUCGGCCCAAGGCUUCUUCCCAGUGGAUCCUGAUGGUCGGCCCAAGGCUUCUUCCCAGUGGAUCCUGAUGGUCGGCCUAAGGCUUCUUUCCGGUGGAUCCUGAUGGUCGGCCCAAGGCUUCUUCCCAGUGGAUCCUGAUGGUCGGCCCAAGGCUUCUUUCCGGUGGAUCCUGAUGGUCAGCCCAAGGCUUCUUCCCAGUGGAUCCUGAUGGUCAGCCCAAGGCUUCUUCCCGGUGGAUCCUGAUGGUCGGCCCAAGGCUUCUUCCCGGUGGAUCCUGAUGGUCAGCCCAAGGCUUCUUCCCGGUGGAUCCUGAUGGUCGGCCCAAAGGUUCUUCCCAGUGGAUCCUGAUGGUCAGCCCAAGGCUUCUUCCCAGUGGAUCCUGAUGGUCGGCCCAAGGCUUCUUUCCGGUGGAUCCUGAUGGUCAGCCCAAGGCUUCUUCCCGGUGGAUCCUGAUGGUCGGCCCAAGGCUUCCUCCCGGUGGAUCCUGAUGGUCGGCCCAAGGCUUCUUCCUGGUGGAUCCUGAUGGUCGGCCCAAGGCUUCUUCCCGGUGGAUCCUGAUGGUCAGCCCAAGGCUUCUUCCCAGUGGAUCCUGAUGGUCAGCCCAAGGCUUCUUCCUGGUGGAUCCUGAUGGUCGGCCCAAGGCUUCUUCCCAGUGUAUCCUGAUGGUCAGCCCAAGGCUUCUUCCUGGUGGAUCCUGAUGGUCGGCCCAAGGCUUCUUCCCGGUGGAUCCUGAUGGUCAGCCCAAGGGUUCUUCCCGGUGGAUCCUGAUGGUCGGCCCAAGGCUUCUUCCCGGUGGAUCCUGAUGGUCGGCCCAAGGCUUCUUCCUGGUGGAUCCUGAUGGUUGGCCCAAGGCUUCUUCCCGGUGGAUCCUGAUAGUCAGCCCAAGGCUUCUUUCUGGUGGAUCCUGAUGGUUGGCCCAAGGCUUCUUCCCGGUGGAUCCUGAUGGUCAGCCCAAGGCUUCUUUCUGGUGGAUCCUGAUGGUUGGGCCAAGACUUCUUCCCGGUGGAUCCUGAUGGUCGGCCCAAGGUUUCUUCCCGGUGGAUCCUGAUGGUCAGCCCAAGGCUUCUUUCUGGUGGAUCCUGAUGGUUGGCCCAAGGCUUCUUCCCGGUGGGGCCUGAUGGUCGGCCCAAGGCUUCUUCCCAGUGGAUCCUGAUGGUCGGCCCAAGGAUUCUUCCCUGUGGAUCCUGAUGGUCGGCCCAAGGCUUCUUCCUGGUGGAUCCUGAUGGUCAGCCCAAGGCUUCUUCCCGGUGGAUCCUGAUGGUCGGCCCAAGGUUUCUUCCCAGUGGAUCCUGAUGGUCGGCCCAAGGCUUCUUCCCAGUGGAUCCUGAUGGUUAGCCCAAGGCUUCUUCCCGGUGGCACCAGGGGGGUAUGUUUAGGUGUAUUUGUGUUAUUUGUGGGGGGGGUGCUAGUUUGGGUUGCAGAGGGCUGGGUGAUGGCCGGUGGCAUGGGGUGCAUUGCGGCGGGCGAGAAGGAAGCAACUCAAGCAAGCCCUGUCGCGGGAACAGAGAGGUCUAAGCUGCCAGAGACGAGAGACGUGCCUCGCUAGCUCCGUGCCCCUGCCCGCUUCUGUGAGCCUAGUGCCGUGUCUGUGCCCCUCUCUGAGUGCCUGGAGUUACUGUGCCUUGUAAACCAGUGGUUGUAGGUGCGUGGUUGGAGCUGUUCAGUAAAGUGGAAAACCUGC